AUGAAAGUUCUUCCCAAUCUUUUCAUCCUAUUCAACUUGGGAAAACAAGAGCACUCUCUUCCGCCAUCAUGGGCUGUUAGCAGUGCCACAAGUCUCAACUUGAUUGCUACUACCAAGAAGAAUGACGCUGCUGCUGCUGCUGCUGUGUCGUCGUCGGUCCAGCGAGAUGAGAAAAUUCAAGAUUUGCUUUCGGCAGUCUCCCAAGUGGGUCAAGUGGGCUCUUUGGCGACCGAAGAAGAACGAUUGAAACUGGAGGAUCUUUCGAAACUGGCCAUUCCACUCUCCGAUUCCAGACCGGCACAAGUUCCGUUGCUGGGAGAGCACAAACUCUUGUACAGUGCGGCACCGGGUGGCUCCUCGGGUCGCCUGUUUGGCAAUGCUGUGGGCAAGGUCACCCAGUUCUUUGAAGAAGGUGAAAUCUUUUGCAAUCGAGUCAAGUUUGGACCACUCCAAAUUGCGCUAAGGGCAAAACGAGAAGUCAAGAGUGAUUCUGUGAUCAAGGUCAGCUUUUUGGAGACAACGGUGUCUCUAUUCGGCAAAACAGUGGUGCAAAAGGAAGUCGGUGGUGGAGGAUCAUGGAAGGUCAAGUUCAUUGGAAAAGUGACGGAUGAAAACGGAAAGGAAAAAUUGAUUCGAAUCAUGGAAACCCCGAGUUUAUUCAUUCUAGAGCAACCUCUCAACUGA